UUUACAACCACUUCAGCUCUACUCCAAAAUCCACAUAUUUUUAUGGGGUGUAAAUGUUUAAUUUAUGAAAUAUAAACGAUCUUCCCGAUUAGGACACACAGGGGUUUCUUUUCAGGAAGGGGGGACGUUCAAAUCCUUUGAAAGUUUUUCCUUUGCCUCAGAUUUCAAGCACAAGCCCUUAGGAAAAGAAAAAGAGAGAGAGAGAGGGAGAAAAAAAAUGAGAAACAGACUUUGGGAAAAGAGGAGAGAGAGAUGGAGGGGGUUGAAGCUCGGUUUCAUAUGUCCUGGAGGAGGAGGAGGAGGAGGAGAAGGAGAAGGAGGAGGUUUUCAGUUUAACACACUUUAGCGUUAUCGACUCGAGUUCCACAAAAGAACAGGCAAGCAACCGGUGGAGAGCGACAAGAGCGGAAUUGUAACAUCGCAACCUUGUAACAAUGGAACGCUGCGACAUUGUAACAUUUGAUUUGUUCGAGAAUCCCGCUUAAAAGACGCCGACAGUCGGAGGAGUUUUCAAACCGCGAAUGUGGAUUGUGUUUAAAGCAGCUGAGUGUGCAUAUUUUUGGAUACGGUUAUACCGAAAGGAAACGGAGGGGAAAACCGUUGGAAUAAUAACGACAAUAUGCGGCGCCUUUUACAUUCCGAAAGAAGUUUAAUGGGAAAGUUCGUUUUAAAACGCGAAUGUCACUAACAGAACCAAUGUGGUUAUUCAAAGCUCUUUUGCAUUGGAAACGUCAUGUAAUAAUGUUAAUCUCUCCUGUUAUGGAUUCAUAAUGCCUGUACGUUAUUGUGUACAUUCUGUGAGCUCCUGUGAGGAUGACCGAAACACUGCAAAUGGCAUAAGAGGAUGAUUGCUUUUCAUAAAGGUCAUUGCGUAUUGGGAGUGCUUUAUAUCACAUUUGCUUGGACUUGUAUGUGUUUCGUUGAUGGCUGUUUCUGUUGCUCAAAGCGACUUGGAUCGGAUUCACUCUCCACCGGCUGAUCAGGGGGGAUCGAUCUGCCUGAUUCACCCUUUACAGCAUCUACAGGAGGAGGAGGAGGACGCCGUCAGGACGCAAGAGUGGCUGCUGGUUUUGCACUUGGACUGUUUUGAAGAUUCGCCUUUUAUAUCUGGACCUGGAAUAUAGAGCCCGUUCCCUGGAAAUAGCUCGCCUCUUGUGCCCUAUAUGCCUGCGUGAGGGUUUUGCAGGCAGGGAUGCAGUUGAAUCGACCCAAGAGCGCGCAUCUCAUCAGCUCCAGUCCGCACAAUUCAUCCCCCUAUUCCAGCCAGUUCAAAAGCAUGCGCUUCUCGUACCACAUCAGCAGCGGCUUACCCAGUCCACAGCCGGCCCUGCGCAGAACAGGCCCAUCCACAUCCAGUCCGCGGCUCCUAACUAAGAGUCUGUCCCUUGAGCCAGGCCCCUGCCUCGGAGCCCACGAGACCCCACAGCGCCUCUGCUCUGACCCUGGACCCCUGGAACCACAGCACUGCAAUGGCACAAGUGAGAACGGACCCCAGGAUGUCCCGCCUCCACCUCCUAAGACACGCCCACCUUUACCUGGGCCAAAGCCUCAAGUGCCCCCGAAACCCCCUCAUCUACAGCAGCAGAGCGCUCGACGGCCACGCCCCCCGGACAAGCCCCUCCCUCCACCGCCCUCCCGCCCACUCCCCGCUGACCCUCGCCAAUCACGCGCCACCUUACCGAGAGCAGAGGGAAGCUCCUCCCCCACUUGUGUCCUCUCGCUCAUUGAGAAGUUUGAGAGGGAGCAGAUCAUCGUGGUACCAGAUAUCACCGGGGGAGUGAUGUGUACCCCACGGGUCCCGGAACAGCAGGCCACUCCUGGGUCAUUUAGCCCUCCACCCUCGGAGUUCAUCCUGCCCUGCACGUCCCUUCAGGAACCACUAGAGGCGCCGCUGGCCGAGGAGGAGGUCGAGAAAGAAGAAAAGGAGGAGGAAGAAGAGGUGGACGAAACCGAGGAGGAUGACAGCGAACUCGGGGCGUCCUGCUCAGAAAAGCGUCUCUCUAUGGAAUCAGGCUACGGUGCCUCUGAUAAACUGCUGGACACCAUGGAGAUGAGGGACCUCACAGCCAACCAAUCAGAAAUCCCCUCUGAUCGCUUGUCCCUCCCACCGUCACAGAUGGACGGGAAGCUGGCCAAUAGAGACAGCGGCAUUGACAGUAUCAGCUCGCCCUCACACAGUGAGGAGCUCUGCUUUGUCGGGGACGAGGAUCGGGUCGGUCACGAGAGGGAGAUUUGCCCGUGCAGCCCAGGGCCCGGGCUUCCUUGCGGCUAUGCCGAGGGGCCCGGAGGAGAGGGGGCCAGCGGUGUGGAGGGUGGCAGAGACUCGGAAGGAGACAGUGAUAUGGAAGAGGGCAGCGGGGAUGAGAGUGAGAUGAACCCAAUGGCCCUACAACCUCUGCCUAAAGCUGAACGACAAGACUCCACUGAGCUGUCAGUCCAGCAGCGGGUAUUUAACAUUGCUAAUGAGCUGCUGCAUACGGAGAAGGCCUACGUGUCCAGACUGCACCUCCUGGACCAGGUGUUCUGCGCCCAGCUAAUGGAGGAAGCCCGAGCGCGCAGCUCCUUUCCCUGUGAGGUGGUCAUGGGCAUCUUCUCCAACAUCUGCUCCAUCUACUGCUUCCACCAGCAGUUCCUGCUGCCCGCGCUGGAGAAACGCAUGGAGGAAUGGGAUCUGAACCCCCGCAUCGGGGACAUCCUGCAGAAACUGGCCCCUUUCCUGAAGAUGUACGGCGAGUAUGUGAAAAACUUUGACAGGGCCAUGGAGCUAGUGAACACCUGGAUGCAGCGCUCCUCUCAGUUCAAAGCCAUCAUUCACAACAUCCAGAAAGAGGAGAUGUGUGGGAAUCUUACCCUACAGCACCACAUGUUGGAGCCUGUGCAGAGGAUCCCUCGUUACGAGCUCCUACUCAAAGACUAUCUGCACCGCCUGCCAGAGGACGCGGACGACUUCAAAGACGCUCAGAAAUCUCUGGAGCUGAUCGCCACAGCGGCAGAACAUUCAAACGCUGCCAUCAGGAAAAUGGAGCGCAUGAGAAAGCUGUUGAAGGUGUACGAGCUGCUCGGUGGAGAAGAGGACAUUGUUAACCCGACUAAUGAGCUCAUUAAAGAGGGACACAUCCUGAAACUGUCAGCUAAAAAUGGGACAUCACAGGAUAGAUACCUCAUUCUGUUCAAUGACCGGUUGUUGUACUGCGUCCCUAAACUGAGGCUGAUAGGACAGAAAUUUGGAGUGAGAGCGCGGAUUGAUGUAGACGGCAUGGAGCUGAAGGAGACCAGCAGCAUGAACGUACCACGAACCUUUCUGGUAUCCGGAAAACAACGUUCGCUAGAACUGCAAGCAAGGACGGAAGAAGAGAAGAGAGAUUGGAUUCAGGCAAUCCAGGCCACUAUACAGAGACAUGAACAGACGCUCGAGACCUUCCGAAUGCUCAACUGCUCCUUUCGGGAGGAGGACUUCACUCCUCCCAACUCUCCAAUAAUAUACAAAAAGAUGUCAACUUUACAGCAAAAUUGCACAGAGCUUGGAAAGCGAGCGCCCACUCCAAUCCGGGAGAAAGAGGUCACACUGUGCAUGAAGUGUCAGGAGCCUUUUAACUCCAUUACCAAAAGACGGCAUCACUGCAAAGCCUGCGGACACGUGGUGUGUGGAAAGUGUUCGGAGUUCCGCGCCCGUCUGUUGUACGAUAACAACCGAGCCAACCGUGUGUGUAUAGACUGCUACACAACGCUAGUAGGAGUGCCGCCCUCUCCUGCCAGUCUGAGCAACAGCACACAGAGACGUCGCUCCAUUCUAGAGAAACAGGCCUCAGUGGCAGCUGAGAACAGUGUGCUGUGUAGUUUCUUGCAUCAUAUGGAGAAGGGAAGUGGCCGUGGAUGGCAGAAGGCCUGGUUCGUCAUUCCUGAAAAUGAACCACUGGUGCUGUAUAUCUACGGUGCUCCACAGGAUGUCAAAGCUCAGCGCAGUAUUCCCCUCAUCGGGUUCGAGGUGUCACUACCUGAAUCGAGUGACCGUCUAGAACGUCGCUUCGCCUUCAAAAUGAGCCAGAGUCAUUUGACCGUUUACUUCAGUGCCGACUGUGAGGAAAUGCAGCGACGCUGGAUGGAGGUUUUGUCGAGAGCCGGCAGGGGUGAGGAGUUGCAGUCAAAUGGUCCGAUUUCCGAAGCCCUUGAAGAAGAAGGGGAGGAGCCAGCACCUACAGGAGAAAGCACAUGAUUGGCUGAAAAAUAUGAUAUCAUUUUGCACACACAAACUGUACAAAUGUGACCACAGCGACAGGAUAUAAUAGACAAAACACACACACACACACACACACACACACAAACACACACAUAUACCUUCUCUCUUACACACAUCUGUAUUAAUUGUCAGUUGUAAGUUGCAUGAAAUAUCUACAGGUACGUUUCUCUGUGUAUUGCUCAUCUUGUGUGAGUGACCAGUGUUUGGAACAAUCUGACAAAAGUGUGCACACUUUAAAGACGACUUACCAGAGGACAUGUGAUUACAUUCAUCAACUCUUUCGGUCGCUAGCAGUUUCUUUGUUGAAUCGACUGUUUCUGUCAAAUCUCGAGGUGUUGUGAAGUGGUUUCUCAAGGGUGUGUUCACACUUGGCAGGUUUGGUUCGAUUAAAACGAACUCUGGUGCGAUUGCUCUGUUAGUGCGGCUUACUUGAAUAAAUGUGAACGCUGCAAUCCGAACCUUGGUGCACACCUAACAAGCAGACUGAGACCGCUGAAAAGGUGGCCUAAAUGAACUCUGGUGUGGUUUGACUGAAAUAUGAAAGCCAGACGAACCAUAGACAUUUAAACGAACCAAAAACAGGACGUAACGUCAUGAGAUGCAACCCAAAAAAAGUCUCGUCAUAGUAGAUAUGGUGCCCAUUACAGUUCGGUACAGGUGUAACUGACGUAGGUUGGCAAGAGGUGUGCGUGUAAACCUCACUCCCCUGAUCUCAAGAGGCGCUCUGGCUACUCUAGCAGUCUUUAAAGCACUCAACUCCCAUGCAGACGGGCCCUUUUUGGAGACACUAGAGACUGCAGUCUUUAUCCUCCUUGUUAGAGAGCCCGACUCCCAUGCCGGCGGACCCGGGUUUGAGUCCCACUUAGAGUGGGCGGUUCGAACAGGAGGGGUUACAGUACACAGGUGUCAGAAAAGCCGUCUCCUUGCAGCAGAUCUUUGUUUGUGUGUAACGGAGGAAUUCCUGGUGCUCUUUUGGCUCCUUUACACGUUUUAUAAACCCUUUGUGAGUUACCAGUCAUGUGUACCCACAUACAAUGAGUGCUUUUUUGUAUCUUUAGGUUAAGUCUUAAAAACGACAGUGUGAACGCUAAGAGAACCAGGACAAAAUGUAUCAUUUUCUUUUUUGGUCCGGACCAAAAGAAUCAAGAGAACCGAACUACAAGUGUGAACACACCAUAACUCGAUAUGGAUCAUACUUGGUUUAGCGACGUAAGACAGUUGUCAGUAUGGCGAGGUGACCGGUGGGGUGGUGUGCAUGAAUGUUUGGCCUGGUUUCGUGAAAAGUUUAGGUGAAACAGAGAGUCUACAGUAAAAUAUCCUAGUUUACAUAACCAGAAGCAGGAUGAAAUGACGAUUUUGUUGAUUUUAAAUAAGCAAAAGUUGAAUCUGGCCAAUAUUCAUGGCAAUAAUCCGCUCGGUAAGAGGAUCAAAUCCUGGAUUUCACAUUUCGAUUACAUAUUAAACAUUGGCUAUUGGAGUUAGCAGUGAAUCGUGACAGGAUUGGACACAUGAAAUGUUCAGCUAUGCAAGCCUGUGUUUAUCUCUUAUAGUGUGGUAAUCAGGAACUGAACUGCUGGAACAUAGAAGGAAUAUUUAUUAAGCAGGUUUUUUAACCACUCAAAAACAACAGAAAUAUGUGCUUCCUGUUGACUCCAGGGACCUUCAGCUCAGAGAACACCGCCAAAUUUACUCUGCCACCUAGUGGUCGCUCAUCAUAACGCUCUAGGAGUGAAUGUCAGGAAGAACAUGUCAGCCUAAAAUCAAAAUACAUUUUAUUUUGCAUAAAGUAAAUUAAGCUUGUUUUAAUGACCAUUAAGAUUUUUGUUGCAUUGUGAGAAAAUAAAAAUCUCAUUACUGUAAUGCGAAAUAAAAUAAAUUAUAUAUUUAAAUAGUAAAUUAUUUAUAUGUUGUACUGUCUGUCAUUUAUGCUGAUUUAAAUAAAAAUUACAGUAAUGAGAGAAUAAUGGGAAUUACAAAAACAUUUAACUUAACUGUAAUGAAAUUGAUCAUAAUGGUCCUAAAAAUAAGCAUGUUUUUCUUUUAAACAAAAUAAAAUAGAUUUAUUUUGGGGGUGAAAUGAUACCUGGACAUGUUUUUGUGAGAUUCACAUCUAAGACUGUCCCUUUUUGCUCAAACUGUAGGGAAAAACUUUUCUGAGAAGGAAAACGUGUAUAAAAGAAAUGGACAGGGCUCUCCCUACAGGAUAACAAUUUUAUCCUGUUGUUUGAGUGUGCACGAGUGAUUUUAUGAAUGCAGAGGCGUUUCGUGGGAUGGGAUUUGAUAAGAUUUUAGGUCAUGAAGGGUAUGUAUGAAUCGGCUAGUUUUUAUCAUUGAAAACUCAAUGAUAUCCCUGCCUUAUUUAGAGGGGGUUUUGAUAAAUAUAGAAUAUAUAUAAAUAAAACAAGGUAAAAAAUUUUGAUGAGGAUAUCAACCGUUUUCAGCCGUGUUGUAUUUGUGUAUGAAAAGUGCAAAAGAUUAAAGGAUGAAUUCAUUUGUAAAUAUAACUUAUUCCUCUGAGCCCAGUUUUGUGGGUUAGGUAUUGUCGACGAGCUUUGGUGUUUGAUCUUUGUUAUGUGCAGUUUUAAAUGGACUUCUGAGCAUUGUGGUAAAUUCCGGGUCAAGAAAAGCUUAGGAUAAGUUCUCUCAUUUUACCACUUAUUCCAGAGGUAGAUAUUCAGUGUUUUAGAAAGAGCUUCACUUUCUUUUCCUCUUUUGAAUCCAGUUUCCAAAACGUAUUUGCCAAUGUGAACGCCUGAUGACUCAUUGAGAACUGCUUUAACUUUUUGUGUUUGAUAUUGCUUUAAUCUUGCUCUUUGUUGUCAAAGACAUUGCUCGAUUAAAAGUAAAGGUGAACCAGUCGGUGUAUUUCCCCAAA